AUGACAUCCGGGAAGCCCUUUUUAAAGGACGAAUACUUCAAAACAGCCAUUGGAAUUUCUGUCAUCUUCCUGGCCAUGCUCGGUAUCUUAACCAACAUCCUCGUGCUAAUUUUAUCUUUUUGUCAUGUUACCGGCGAUUUUGGAAACCUCGUCGCAAACCUUGCCGUCGUAGAUAUCGCCUGCGGUUUCGUUUUUGCAUUUAUGGGCUUCAUCAACGUAGAGGAUAAUAAGAAGCAUUUCUCAUUCGGGUUGAUGACAUACAUACUACUUGCCUUCUAUGGCUCAUUUGGUGUGAUGGUAUGUGCACUCGUGCCUAUCUCUCUUAGUCGAGUCAUAGCCUUGACAAAACCUCAUCUCUCUAUUUGGCUGUUUUCUGGGCGCCGAUCUCUCCUAGUUUGUGUUCUUUUCGAUCUGGCACCCAUCGCCCUUCUAUUUAUGGUUGACAUUCAAUUACAUAUAUCGCAGAUGAUUAUGACAGUCGGCCGCCAGGAACGUGCCAGAUGGUUGUACUUCUACGCGGGGCUCACAGUACUCUCCUAUAUUGUAGCGUUUCUUUCAAACUACAUGGUAUUUCGAAUAGUUGCUCGACACAUUCGAGUAGUUCAAAACUUGCGAGAUCAUGUUCGAUUACUGGAAACACGGCAGAUAGCGUUGGCUACGUUUGCGCAAGCUAUAGUUCCUCUUAUUUGUCAGCCUCUCCGAGAAACCGUGAUCGGAGUCGCCAAGCAAACUGGGUAUGCAGCCGCUGGAACUGCAGCUGGCGGACUUCUAAUGGGACCGCUAGGAGCACUUGCUGGAGGUGUCGUGGGAGCAGUUUAUGGUUACCAGUGCAGUACGGAUUAUGAUAAUCUUAUAUGUUCAAUUCGAUCCAUGACUGAUAGGGAGAAGACGUUACUUAGCGGCCAGAUCCAGCGCCUUGUAGGAUCUGUGUCUAUCGAGGAAUUUAUUCGAUAUAUAUCGACAGAAGCUCAUCGGGAACUUCUACUUGGAAUUUUGUCAGAUUUUGUCCGCCAAAAGACCUCGUAG